UAUGAUUUCCGUUCCCCCCAUUGCUGGAUAGCAAAGUAGCUAGGUAUCUCAGGGUUGCUUAUAUGCAUCAUGUUUCUCUUUAUUGUGUAGUAACUUUCAUUAACACAAAGGACUUGGCUGGAAAGUGGACAAGCUACGAAAGGGGUCAAUGUAUUCUCGGCAGUAGAAGGCCACAGCAGGUUGAGCAACUUGACAGUAAAUAGAUGUGUGUGUUUUUUUAUUGGUUCUGUUAAAACGCACACCUGAAAUAAGACUCACUGUGCUAUGGAAGAAGUUGAUAAAAUUUUGAUCCAUUCUUUAAGGCAAACCGGAACAGAAGUCGGGGAGGAAGUACAGAGCGUGAAGCAAUUCUCCAGUGAACUCAUUGUUGAAGCUGUGGUCCGAUGUCUUCGAGUGAUCGAGCCCUCUCUUGCCAAUGGGCUGAGCCACAUUUUACCACCUGGAAUGUCAGCUCGAUUUCGACUAGGAAUGAGUCUUGCACAGGCCUGCCAGGAUGUUGGUUACAAGGGAGAGAUUGGCUACCAGACUUUCUUGUACAGCAAUGAGCCAGAGAUCAGAGCACUCCUUAUGUUCUUGGUGGAGAAGCUGCCUCGUGAAAGCUCGGAAUCCUCUGAUCAGCCAGCAGGCAAAUCUGUAUUGCUUCAGAGAUCUAUUGCAUCUAAAAUAAAAUCGCAACUGGCAGUGCCUUGGAUACCUCCAUCCUGCCGUGUGCCUUUCCUCUGCAAGCAUCAGAACUCAGAUUUGGCUCAUGGUUUUCAUGCUCAGCACCUCAGCAUACCUCAAACCACAGUGCUCUCUGGCAAGAAAAUACCCAAAGAGGUGAAAGAAUAUUGUGAAAAAUAUCUUCUGCCUGUUACUGCCCAACCUUCGCAGCAUGCCUUUCUCUGUGCCUCUCUUUUAGAGAGGAAUUCAGCAGAUAUUAGUGCUGUGCAGGAAUGGGAAUCUGAAUGGAAUAGUCAAGGACUUGCAUCCCGGCUUUCAAUAGAUGAGUACAAAUCCCGUAAGAGACAACGUCUUCAGAAACGUCUUCAUGAUCAGCUUCGCCAUGCUGUUCAGCAAAAUCAAGAAAACCAGCACACAUCACGUUCCAGUUCUGACCUGGCUGAUCUUCUGAAAUCCUUUGGUGCAGGACCUUGUGGUCAUGAAAUCUUGGUUAAGGGAACCCGUUUCACUCAUACAGAGAAAUUCACCUUUACUCAAGAGUCAGAGAAAAUGGUCCAGCAAAUGCAAGCUGCAGCUGACUGUCUUCCAAGCUCAAAGCAAUCAGAAAAAGAAGUACAGGCACGACAAGAAGAAGAAGUUACCGGAUUACAGCAACAAAUAGAAGAUAUAGCUGUAAAAAUUGAAGAAGUGAGCUUGGAUAUAAAGAAGCUCACUCUUUCUGUUAUGCAGGCAUCUGAUGAGAUUCACCAAAAGCAACUAGAAAAUGAGGAGAAAAGUGGAUCAGUGCAGGUGAAGAGCAAAACAGUUGAAUUGCUUCCUGAUGCAGAGAACAACCUUGGCAAGCUGCAGGUUCUUGUUGACAAUAGUGCCAAGCGUAUUGUAAAUCUGGCUUCACAGUGGGAGAAACAUCGAGCUCCGCUAAUUAAGGAGCAUAGACAACUGAAAGAACUUUGUGGGAACAAAGAGUUGGAGUCCUCUCGAAAGGUCUCUGAGAUCAAGGGGCUUCAUGAGAAAAUCCGUCAAUCAGCAGAUGAAGCAAAGAAAAAGGAGGAACUUUACAAACAACUGGUAACAGAGUAUGAGAAUCUUCCAAAAGAUGUGUCUCGUUUAGCAUACACUCAGCGAAUUCUCGAGAUUGUGGGCAACAUUAAGAAACAAAAGGAAGAAAUUACCAAGAUUCUUUCCGACACUAAGGAUUUGCAAAAAGAAAUCAAUAAUCUCACUGGCAAGCUGGAUCGCACCUUUGCUGUGACAGAUGAGCUAGUUUUUAAGGAUGCAAAACGGGAUGAAUCAGUCCGGAAAGCUUACAAAUAUCUGGCAGCUCUACAUGAGAACUGCACACAGCUGAUCCAAACUAUUGAAGAUACAGGAACUAUUAUGAGGGAAAUCCGUGAUCUAGAGGAACAGAUUGACACUGAAAAUGGAAAAAAAACUGUGAGCAAUUUGGAAAAGAUUUUAAGUGACUACAAAGCAAUUCGUCAGGAGAAUUCUGUUUUGGCAGCUAAUAUUCGAGAUGCCUGAACUUCCCAAACCCUAAGUUAUCAAAAUAUUCUAGGCAAGCUGCUAGGCUUGAUGUCAGUUUUUGUCGAGGCCACAGUGAGAGAAUCCUGUAAGGAGCUGAAGAUGAUUUCUGCUGGUAUAAUUUCCAUCAUCUGCCUCAAGCUAAGUCUGGACAAACUCAUGUAUUUUGCUAGAUCACUAACAUGUUACCCACUGAGGCUUGUGGUGAUUUAAUUACUGGGGAGGCAUUUUGUGAUCUGUCUACAACUUUUGAUACCAUUUUAAAAAUUAUGGAUCAAAUGAGCUAUGUUUCUUGAAUUGUUAAAGCAAAAAAUAAGAGGAAUAAAACUGAAAGAAGUCCACAGA